CAUGCCUCGCUCUCUUUCCUGGCUUGCUGUCAUGAUUGCAAGCACUGCGUAUCGCUCUGUGUGCGCAAGUGUAGCGAACUGGCACCGUGUAACUUAUCACUUGUUGACUUACAAACACUGCAACAAGUCCCUGAAUGAUUCUCUCAUUUGCUUAUUCGUAUUCUAGCUUUGCUUUGGAAAUGUGCGGCAUACUGACACCUUCACCAACUCCUAGUCUUCCUCCUCCUCCUCCUCCUCCUCCUUUUCCGCAGGUGUUGGAGUUGCAGGGUGACGGAGAGGCGUCCCCAUGGUCGUGGGCCUCCCCGGGGUGGAUCACCUUUCCUGCGCCCUUCGCCGCCCUCACCAUCUGCCUACACGUCCUGGCCCCCGCCCUCAGGCUCUCAGGCACCAUCUUCUCCCUCGCCACCAAUACCACCGACAACUUCCUUACUCUAGACGUGAAGGAGCAUGGCCUGAACUUCUGUGUUGGCGGUGUAUGGAACUCCAGCAGCGCCGUCAUCUACCCUGGUAUGUGGACCAGCCUGUGCCUCGCCUACCACCCUGCGUGGGGCUGGACGAGCUACAUAGACGGCCACGACGACGACUCUGGCUUCCUGCACGACCCCGACGGUGAGAAGGACGGUAUCUCCUUAUGUGACGACUGAAGGAAUGAAU